ACGGAAUUGCAUGACGGGGUGGCUCUUUUCGGUCCGUACAGAAUUCUGUAAAACUGUUGAUAGUUUCUCGGCUAAAGCUGUUAAAGAAGAAUCAUGCAGCUGACUAGCCGUGUCAAGUGGUGCUUUUGACAGGUCAUCGUCAUUGCAUGACAAAGGCUGUGACAGAUUCAUCUUCAUCACUCAUACAGCAUUUCUAUAAUUUUCUUCAGUGCAGUAGUACGAUGAAGGGUGGAGGAAGGAGCAAGGAGCCACCUGUUGCAGGGGAGGUCACUGGCAAACGCCCCAAGCGCAAAUGCCUGCAGUGGCACCCGCUUCUCUCCAAAAAGGCUCUUGAUUUCUCUGAGGAGGAGGAGGAAGAAGAUGAAGAGGAGCUGGUGAAGCAGGCAGGGCUGUGCAACCAGACACAGCAUUCACAGUGUGAAGUCACAACAGAGGAAGUGGAGGAGGACACAAACGAACAGCGGGCACGCCGGCCAAUGAAUGCCUUUCUGCUCUUUUGCAAACGCCACCGCUCCCUGGUGCGGCAAGAACACCCUCGCUUGGACAAUCGCGGGGCCACCAAAAUCCUGGCUGACUGGUGGGCUGUCCUGGAACCCAAAGAGAAACAGAAAUACACUGACAUGGCCAAGGAGUACAAGGAUGCCUUUAUGAAGGCAAACCCAGGCUAUAAGUGGUGUCCCACCACCAGCAAACCAGUUAAGAGCACUUCCUGUCAGCCAGUCAGCAAUCCCCGCAAAAAAGUUUGGUCCUUUUCUUGCAACUCAUCCAAGGACUCCACUGCCAAAAAAGUGCCCAAAACGGAAAGUAUGCCACAGUUGAACUUUGCCAUGGCAGAUCCUACAAAGAUGGGGGGCCUGAGCAUGUUGCUGCUAGCUGGGGAACAUGCCCUCACAAACAGAGAGAUGUUUUCUGGGACAAUACCAAACAGAGUGCCUGACAUUUCUGAAAACAGGGUCCAGUCAGCCCUUUCACCAGUGGCUGAGUCAUCGCUGUCUGCAGCACCUGAAGGAAAGUUAUGCAGACAGUCUGCUCUCUUCCAGCUUGCCGAGAUGUGUUUAGCAUCUGAAGCUGGAAAAAUGGACACAGUUGCAUCUCAGCCAGAGGACAGCUCCUCCACAGACCCUCUCCAACAAACUGCUAUCAAGCCAGAGGUCAAGGAGGAGAGAGCAGACACUGACCUCUCCCCUGCCUCUCCUCACAAAGCAGCGCUCUUACCUUCGCUCUACUCUCUCACGUCUACCUCCACUAAUGCCAUUCUCCCACAAUUCAGCAGCCAAAAUGCACUUGUCAAAAAAAAAGGUAGGAAAAGAGACGUGACCAAGUCAAAUGAUAAUGAUGAGAGCCGGUGUUCAUCAAAGAAAGUUAUAAAGAAGGCUAACCCUUCAGAAAGCCUGGACAGUGUAUUCAGUACAAUCGAGUCAGUGGCUAAAGGGGCCUGUUUGGACACAGAGGAAAAGUCCAAGAAGAAGGAUGACAAUUGUCUUAGUGGUGGGUUGCCCAAAAAGAAGAGUAAGCUGAAAAUCAAGAGCUUUGUCAAAGAUGAAGAGGAGAUGGAUGACAGCAGUGGGCAGAGUGGACAGCACAGCUCCCCUGAGGUAGAAAUGAAAGAAAAGUUGUCUGAUAUUGGCUCCAGGACAGAAGCAGCAAACGUGGAAAGCACUGAUUUCCAAGGACAGACAAUAGAACCCCAUAAGUCCUCUUGCAAUCAUUCACUUGUUAAUCUUGAAGAGCAUGACAAAGGAAAGGAAAGGUCAAGCGAUGCAACUUGUGAGUCUAACACUGAAAAUCGUGGGUCCAGGAAAUCAGAGCGAACCUGUAAAGGCGCCUUAUAUAAAACUCUGGUCUCUGAGGGAAUGCUGACUUCACUGAGAGCCAAUAUUGACCGAGGUAAAAGAGGUAUUUUCCGUACGUCUGAUCAUGACGCUAACUGGAGUGAUGAUAGCUGGACAGUUUCACAGAUAGGACCUAAUUGUCCCAAGAAGCUCAAGAAGUCCAAGUCCAAAGACGAGUCUUCUCAGGGCCUAGGUAAACUGGAGGAGGAGUUUGAGAAGAAGUUUAACAGCCUGCCACAGUAUAGCCCGAUGACCUUUGAUAAAAAGGGCACUGCUGUUGCAAAAAAAAAGAAGUCAGACAGCACCACCAUCCAAAGAGAUGAGUCUAAGACCGGAAAAGGGCCAUCUCAGAAAAAGACUACAUUCCACAAGAUUGUUAGGACGAGAUUGCACAAACACAAAAAGGAGAAACCAGGUGCAGUGGAAAAAGCAGUGGGACAGACUGAUUCCACACUGGAUAUAGGUUCGGAAGUCAAAUUAUGUGCUCCCGUUCCCAUAAUGUGCCCAGAUGUCCAGGGCACUGCUAGCAUGGAGAUACUAGUUGGUAGCCAGAAACGAAAGGCAAGGAAGACUAAGAUCACACACUUGGUGCGCACGGCACAUGGCAGUGUGUCUCCAAGUGAGGAAGACAAAACAAGGGACCUGAACCAGGACCAGGAUAAGAAGCCAUUACCACAACAGAAUUUAUGCAAUGAAAUGGGGUGCUAUAGUCACAGAGGAGAGGAGGCAGAAAGAAGCACCAUAUCACAAGAGCUGCCUGCCUUGUUCAGCUUGGCUGCCCUCGCUGAGGUUGCAGCCAUGGAAAAUAUUCACAGAGGUCAGAGAGGCUUGGCUGAGAGUCAGAAUAACGAACUUUCCCAGACUCCAGUUCUCAUCUCCUGCGCUGAUCAGUGAAACUCUUCUGCUGUUCUGAGAAGCCACAACAUGAAGGUUUGCAUUGGAUCUCAACUUUCCUCUGUGGUAGCCCCACACUGAAUGAAGACUUGAUCGAGAAGCUUUGGACAUAUUCCACCUUCCACUUUGUGGUAAAUUUCCUCGAAGGAGAAGGAGACCUCCUCCUCCUCCUCCUCUUCCUCCACCUCCUCGUUAUCUCAGUGUUUCCCCUUAAACCUUCUUUUGGUUUGGGGGAAAGAUGCCUUUCUUAAGUCCAUACAUCCCCACCCCCACUCCCAGAUAUGCUAAUAGGGCCUUUGAAAGUAUCAAGCUAUCAACCAGUGCAUGGCUUCUCUUAUAGAGAUGGAUGUCAUGGGUUUAUUGUACAUGUUUAUCAAACAGAGGCCAUUUUAAAGUUAAGGCAUUUUAGAUGGAAAGAAAAAAGAAACUGCAUUUGUUUUAGAGACAAAUCAGCUUUCUCUCAUCUUUUAUACCUCACACAUACACCUGCUGAAGAGUUCCCUCCACCUCUGUUACAAUACCUCUGCAUUUAAAUAGCUCUUAAUCCCUUUUAGCUUCAACCCAAAAUGGCUUAAACCAGGGUAACCAACCACGAUUGGUAGACCAUUACUAACUUAGUCUUACGGUGUACUCAAACACUGAAGAAAUCUUGGUUGAGGUUUGGAUAUGUGUUAAAAUUGUGAUGCUUUACUACAAAAGUAUGUGGUAACCGCAAAUAAAUGUGUUAUAGCCUGAAUCUGAAAAGUAGACCUGUGCAUCACUUGCAUGUAAACAAGGAGCCCUGUCUAAUUUCUAGCAGUAGAAUCACAGUGUGGCUGUGAGGCUUGUGGGGGAAAAAACACAUUUUUGUGAUGGGGAGAUUGAGGAAAAGUGCUUAAACUAUAGUCUUAACCCUCCCACCUACACCCUCUUUGCCACCAGAAAGCCCUCAAGCAGCUUCUUGCUCAGUGUCCCAAAGUCAGUGCAAACAUUUCUGAAAAGUGAAUGCAGUUUUUGUCAAUACUUGAUCUUAUUGCAGUUUGCGUAGCAGUUAGAAAGGUUAAUUUAUGUGUACGUCUUACUUCAUGAAAGAAGUGUUUUGCUUGUUUAUACCAUAAAAAUAGACUAAUCAUAAGUUUAAGUUUAAAUUGCUCAUGUAAUGGGGUAAUAAAAUGCAUCAUCUCCACCAGAGGCAGUGUUCUCACUUGAGUCAAUAGUAUCUUUAACACCCUCAGGACCUGGCUAAAACCAGCCACAAUUUCAACAUAGAUGAGAGGAGUCUCAGUGGAAUAUAUGUAUGUGUGUGUGUAUAUAUAUUCCACUGAGCAACUGAGGAAUAUAUUUAUAUAUAUAUAUAUAUAUUCCUCAGUCAUACAUAUAUAUAUAUAUUCCACUGCGACUCCUGUCAUGUAUGUACCACGAGGAGCCUUUUGUUCCUCUUUGGAGACCAAUACUUAGAUUCAGUCACAUUUAAUAACUUUUAUAGCUUUUAGCUUUCUAUUUGAUCGUUCUUUUUUGGGUGUGUGUUUAUGAUAUUCUUUCAACUAGGUCCCUUAAGAACUUCACUGUUUUUCCUGAGGUGAAGUUUACUGGAUUAGGACUGUUGUUAAAAAAAAAAAAUUAAGCUCACAGAUGACAAAUGUGUCUCUACUGUGAUAAACAGGGAGGCACCAAAAAAUGCACUGUCUUCAAAUAAUGAGGUGUCUUUCAGUGCUUUCAGACACUUAAUGACAGGAGACAGAAAUAUUGUAAUAUUGGAUCUCAGAGAAGUCAUUUUUUUCUAAAUCAAAUACAUUAUUUCAAAGUCAUUCAUAUCUUAUAUAGGCCUUACAAUGCAAAUACUCCUGUACAUGCAACAAGUCUUUAAUUCAUCUAAGAACUUGUUUUAUUUAAAAAAAAAGUUAAAGGAACCCCAAAAUGCUUUAUGAUAAUCCUAAGAAUGGAUGUAUGUAGUUUUUUUUUUCUUAUAUAAAAGGAAGUUACAUUUCUGUCACUUGGUACAAUGGUAAACUGUAUAGUUCUUCCACUGGUGGAAAUCAGUGUAGUUCUUUGUAAAGACAAAGAAGUUGUCUUCCCCCAGACCACACAGAGAAAAAAAAAAGAGACAGAUACUAGCUUGUAGCAAGUAAGUAUGUUGACAUUUGCCAAAGAAGGGAAAGGUAUAUUCAGCCACAAAUCCUGCUUUUUUUUUUUCUUUUUUUUUUGGGGGGGGGGUGCUCUAGAUUGUUUCUUUUCGUUUGUUUUUUGUUUUUUAGGUAUUUAAAUAUUCAGGUAUCAUUAUCAGCACAAUUCAUCCUGUGUGGGAUACAGAGUUGGAAUUAAGUGCAACAAAAAGGCACCACUAAAUGCCUGUAUAUAUUCAGUAUUUGCACCUUAUGACCCAAGGCAAAAUGGUCAUGGUCUUGGAAGCAUAUAUAAAUUUUACCCACUCUGUGGAAAUUAUGCAUUUUAAUGAUAUAUGUAUACAGUGUCAUGGAAAAGUAUUUGCCACCUUGCUAAUUUCUUUGUUUCUUUGCCUGUUUGUGAAACACAGAGGUUUGAGAGCAUUAAACAAAACGAAUAUUAGACAAAGAUCCAAGUAUCACCCUUGGUGGCAAGAACUCAUACACUGCACUCAGUCAUCUCUGAUAACUGGUGAUUUUUUCCAUAGUGCUGUGGAGAAAUUUUGUUACAUUCUUCUUUGCAGAAUUGAUUUAAAUCUGCCACAUUGGAGGGUUUUAAGAAUGCAAAACCUUUGACUAGGCCACACCAAACCCCUCACAGGUGGACUUUCUAGUGUGGUCUCUGGUAAGUCCAAAUUCUCCUUCAGGAUUUUCUAGUAGAGAGCAGAAUUAAUAGUUUAAACAAUCAUGCAAAGUCAUUUGGGUCCCAGACCUCACACUACCAUCAUACUGUUUAACUCUUGGUAUGAUGUACUUUUUAUGAAAUGCUAUUUUGGUUUUAUGUUAAAUGUUACGAAAUGUAUCAUAUCCAAAAGAGUUCAACUUUUCCCUCGUCAGUCCAUAGAGUAUUUUUACCAAAAUUCUUGGAUCAUCAAAUUGGAGUUUUUUUGUUUAUUUGUUUUUUGACAGCAGUGGCUUUGACCUUGGGUCUCUUCCAUAGAUAUCCCUUAUUGUUGAAUCAUGAACACUGCUUCAUAACUGAGGCAAGUGAGCCUUGCAGUUCUUUACAAGUUGUUCAGUGUACUCUUGCAGUAAUUUUGGUAGGCUGGCCACUCCUGAAAAAGAAUCCCACUGUUCCAGGUUUUCUCCAUUUGGAUGAUGGCACUCGUUGUGGUUCGCUGGAGUCUCAAAGCCAUAGAAAUCCUUUCCAGUCUGAUAGAUGUCAUCUUUUUCUUUAAGUUAUGGGAUGAUGUCCUUUCGUUUAGCCUACUUUUCUUUGUCAGACAGGUUCUGUUUAAGUAAUGUCUUAAUUCAGCAGGUCUGGCAGGAGUGUGGAUAGUGAAAGUGAACUCGGGUUUCUAAAAAUGUGGUUCAUCACAAUUUAUUAUGUAACAUGUUGGGGCAAAUACUUUUUCAAGGCACUAUGUGUGUGUGUCAGUAACAAAACCACACAUCUACAAUACAGCCAUAAUUUUGUCAUUUUCCCUCACUUUUUCUACCUAGAAAAUGCUUCUAUAAUGUUGAAUUCCUAUAUUAAUGACCUAAAUGAUUAUAAUACCCUUUUGUGUUAGCACUGUCUUCUUGAAUGUAAUCAUUUUGUACCUGUAUUUUUCUAAUUCAGUCUUGAUUGUACUGUAUUGUAUGCUAUGAUGGUAUACUGUUUCUAAGGUACAUAGUUGUUACAACCAACAGUUCUCAUGACAGAAAAGCUGCUGCACCUUAUAGUCACUGGAAAUGUGGGGCAGUUUUAAGUCCAAAGGACUGUCAUGUCACCAUCCAUAAGACUGAUAAAAGAAAGAUUUGUGCAUAUUGAGUGGUUGGAAAAUCUCUUUCCCCGGUUUGUUACUUUUUUCCUUUGCAGUAAAAGUAAAAGUCUGUUCAGAAGAGUUCAACUGGGACAUUUCUGCAAUCACAACAAUGAAAUGCUUGAGUCCCGGUUUAUUUAUUACUGCUCCUUUUUAUAGUUUUAGUCAAAUAAAAAAACAAACAAACAGUGAAAUAUAGAAAUGAAUAUGCAUCUGUUUAUACAUGCACAUGUAUAAGGUUAUUUACCCUUUACUGGAUGUAGAUCAUGACUUUUUUGUGAUGAAGAGAUUGUCAGAUCUUCUAAGUAUCUUUCCUCCAAUAGGGUUGUAUAUCAUGUGCUUACUCUAAUUUAUGUUACUGUAAUCAUUAUGAAACGUCUGUUUUUGAUUGUUAAAGCCCAGUUGUUACAUGCAGCCUUGCCUUACUGGAACCCCUGCUUAGUGUGGGAUCCCUUAGCCACCCGACCUUCCAUACCCCACAUCGUCCUAAACUAUGUCAUGACACUGUUUGCUGAUGCAACUGUUAUUCCUUUGACACUUUCUUCUGACGCAACUUUUGCUUCUUGAACACCUAUUAAAAUAACAUCUACUACA